CUCGGGGUGAAAGUUGAAUGGAACAUGUGGUUAGACAUGGCUGCGCACUGCUGGCAUUGAGGACUGUUACUGUUUAACAGGGGAUGGAAAUAAUUUAGCGCUUAUUUAAAAGCUCAUUCGUAUAUUAAUAUGACAGACAACGGGACGUUUGUGAAAGAAACAGGCCAAGGCCAGACAGUAUCCAGGCCGAAGAUUACUGAAAUGCUGAAUGAGAAGUUUGAAAGGCUCGCUGAUAUAGACAAAAAGCUCUUUUCAUACGGCCCCAUAUAUUUGGCUGGCAACGCUGGGUUUGCUGGUUUGAUUGCCAACAGCUUUUACAGACGUGUACUAAAUGUCACCCAAGGACGAUUUACUUCCAGUCUUCCCAUGGCUGUCCUUCCCUUUCUGACAACUGCAGCACUAUACACUGCGACCGUCACAAACCCCUUAAUGUCAGGUGAUCUAAACUGCCCAACCUGUACCCUGAUUAGAGGGGCUUUGGUUGGCGUGGUUGGUGGUGGCAUAUAUCCCAUUUUGUUGGCCUUACCUGUCAAUGCUGGUCUUGCAGCCAGGUAUAACAGUGCACCAAUGCCAGAGAAGGGGAACAUGAUACGCUUCUGGACGAACCUCAGCAAACCCGUAGUAAAGAAGAUGUAUGUUGUUUUACUGCUGCAGGGAUUGUUUGGAACCUACUUGAGCUCUAAGCAGUUUGACAUCUACCUAAAAAUGCUAAAAAUAACAGAUUCUGACAGUGAAGCGCUUCAUGGUUAGCAGUGAACUCAUCCAUAAAUUCAACUAUACCUUAGUACUCUCAGCCCAAUUGUUGAAAAGGGAGAAGUCUACUGAAGCUUCCAAAAAUAUCCUAAAUCACAAGUUGAAGUAUUUGAAAACAUUUAAUGUAGUUUCUUCUAAGUCUCUGAAUAGCAUAAACUGUCUGGAAGUUGUGUUACUACAGAUACUACAAAACAUUAAUUAGAGCCUUGCCUAAACCAUUUGAUUUGUGUGCAUGUGCGAUAAAAAUAGUGGAUAAAAAGUGGUGUAAACACAAAUGCCUUUUGGUAAUGUACAACUAAUAAAAUGAUCAAAUGGAGAACAUGUGGAUCAAUUACCAGUUUCUGUUAGCUACUAAUAAUAAAAACAAUGCACUAGGAAACAUGCUUAUGCAUUAUUUACACGCUUAUUUAUAACUCAUUUACUGCCACAAAGAGAUUUUGUAAUCUGAGCUUAUUUCCAAUUCCCUACCCACAACAAUGGACCAAACAGUUCUGAAAUGUAAACAGAGUAACACCAGCAUUAGCUUUUAAAUAUGAGGACCAAAAUUCAAUUCAGUCACAAUUCAAAACUAACAUUUGAGUCAAUACUACAAUAUUUGGGUAAAUAAGAACUAUAUCAAUAGAGGUACUGUAAGAUUAAAACUUACUUUUUGGACACUAACAUUUUUCAAACAUUUAAUAUUUCAAAAGGUAGAUUUAUAAUCAUCCUACAAGCUGUUACCACAG